AUGAAUCCCCUUUCUGGACUCUUGUUUUGCUGGCGCCGUUGUCUCAACCUUUUUCCGCAUCCGUUAUUGUUUUUUUGCGGCAGCUGGUAUGGGUCUUUGUAUGCCAUGAGGUUUUCUUAUCGACAUCGUGUGUGCUGCACCUCGGUGCUUACGCUGUGCUUGCUCUGCUACGCUCUCGCCGCGUCAUCGAUUCCGGUCCCCGCCGAUCUCAUCACUGUUGCCGGAAGGGUGGAUGUGAGGCAUGAGGUUGCGCAGUAUGUCGUGGUGCGGGUAGUGGACGACAAGACAGGCGUAGUGGUACGCAGUGCUCCUCUAGACGCUACUCGCUCGGUUAGCUUUGCAAACAUCGCUUCCCGAGCUGUGUCCCUUGAGGCUACCGUCGAGCUCCCGGAUCACUUAUUCGAGCUGGAUGCCUCUUCCUCUGUCCUCAAGAGCGCCAUUUCCACUGACAGCUCAACCACUCCUGUGCAGCUGACAAUUUCCACAUUCAGCAAAGCCGAGGGCGUGUCGCGAAGGACACCGAGUUCGGCCGCCGCUAGCAGUGUCGCGUCCGCUGUCCUCGCGCUGGUAGCGCUGGUGGCGGCGUGGUACGGCCGCCACAAGAUUAUCAGCACGCUCGACCUGCCGACCUUGAAGCUGCCGAAGCCGCGGAGGGUGAUGAGCUCGUGA